UGGUUGGUGGAGGCCUGGCGGGGCAAUCCGAUCCUAUGCAUCAGCCUCGCGCGGCAACUUUUCCCCCAUACUCUGUACACACAUCAAUAUCGUCAAACUUCGUCCUCGACUCGGUUCCCUGCUCCGGCCUCGCUCACAUCCCGCCGGAGCAAAAUCUCUUGAAAUGGGAAAAGCGCCCGUCAUUGGAUUGCUCGGCGGCGGCCAGCUGGGCCGUAUGCUGUGUGAAGCCGGGGGACCGUUGGGAUACGACAUCGCCAUCUUGGACGAGGACGGGUGCCCCGCCAAGCAGAUCAACGUCAACGAUAAGCAUGUCACGGGCUCCUUCAAGGACGCUGCCAAGGUCAAGGAGCUGGCCGCGCGGUGCGACGUGCUCACCGUCGAGAUUGAGCACGUCAACACCGACGUCCUCGAGGAGAUUGCAACAAAGGGCGUCAGAACGGCCUCGGGGGAGCUGAGAAAAGUGCCCGUCCACCCUUCAUGGCGCACCCUGCGGCUGGUCCAGGACAAGUUUGAGCAGAAAGAGCACUUCAAGGCGCAGGACAUCCCCGUUGCGCCGCAGAUGGCGCGGAGCGGCGGCGAGGUCCUGGCCGGUUCGCUGCGGGAGGCGUACGAGAAGCUCGCGUUCCCCUUUAUGGUCAAGGCGAGGAAGGGCUCGUACGACGGCCGGGGCAACUUCAAGGUCAGGGGCCCGGAGGACUUUGAGCCGGUAGUCGAGGCGCUGGGCAAGCUGCCGCUGUACGCGGAGAAAUGGGUCCCCUUUGUCAUGGAGCUGGCCGUCAUGGUCAUCCGGACAGAGGACGACGAGGGCAACUGCACCGGCAUCUACCCGUACCCCACGGUCGAGACGGUCCACGAGGACGAUGUGUGCAAGACGGUCUUUAUGCCCCCGCGGAAAGUCGACGCGGCAGUCUGCGCCAGGGCCCAGAAGGUGGCAGAGCGGGUGGUCAAGAGCCUCUGGGGCAGAGGUGUCUUCGCCGUGGAGAUGUUUCUGCUGCAGGAUGGUUCUAUCAUGGUCAACGAGGUGGCUCCCCGGCCGCACAACUCGGGCCACCUCCACAUAGAGGCCGUGCCGUAUAUGUCACAGUACAAGGCCCAGCUGCACGCCAUCUUGGACAUUGUGCCCAAUUCCAUGAAGCUGAUCCCCAGAGCGUCCCAGGCCAUUAUGCUCAACAUCCUGGGCGGAGCUGCGGUCGACUCGCACAACAAGCUGGUAAAGCUGGCGGAGACGGAGUACAUUGAGGGCACAGAUGUGUACUUGCACCUGUACGGCAAGGCGUCGAAGCCCGGCCGCAAGAUUGGCCAUAUUACGUUUACGACGCCCUCCCCCGACGUCGACCUGGAGAAGACCAUUGCCCCCUUUGUCAACGAGGUCGGCCUCAUCAGGCAACAAUGCCUCAGCUCCUCGGUCGAACAGCUGCGACCUGUAGCUGCUUUACAGGCCAAGAAGACGAGCUCCCGCAACCCCAAGUCGCCGCUGGUCGUCGUGACGAUGGGCUCGGACUCGGACCUGUCGGUGCUGACUGCCGGCCUGGACGUCCUGGAGAAGUUCGAAGUGCCGUACGACUGCACGAUUACGUCUGCGCACCGGACGCCGGCGAGGAUGACGGAGCUGGCCAACGCUGCGGCGUCGCGGGGCGUCAAGGUGCUCAUCGCCGCCGCGGGGGGAGCCGCUCACCUGCCAGGCAUGCUAGCCUCGGAAACGACGGUCCCCGUCAUCGGCGUGCCGGUUAAGGCUACGCACCUGGACGGCAAUGACAGCCUGCUGAGCAUCGUGCAGAUGCCGAGGGGCAUCCCCGUGGCCACCGUCGGCAUCAACAACUCGACAAACGCGGCGUUGCUGGCCAUCCGGAUACUCGGGUCGCACUACCCCGAGUACCAGGACAAGAUGGCCCGGUACAUGGAGAGCAUGAAGGUCGAAGUCGAGGGCAAAGCAGCGAAGCUGGAAGAGGUCGGUUACCAGGCGUACCUGGCGGGAAAGAGCAGGAAUUAG